GGGUGGGUGCAUUGGCGAACGGUUCAUGAUUGGUGUAUUGAGCUUGGGCAUUACUGUGGAGAGGAAAUGCAGCGCUAGAACUAGAAGCUGGUGUACUGAAGCUGAAGGGCGUGUCUUGUCAUCCAGAUACCUAGGAUCCAAACUUUCAAGCAGAAAGCAGCACAGGCACUUUAACAGGCCUGACCAGGCCAUUGGCAUCCGGCAGGAGGGGAGCCGAAGGUGCCUACAAGUCUGCGACCAACACGGAAUCGACCUGCCGCCGCGGGCGCCGACACGACCGAGGGCUUGAACAGCGUCUGUAUCAAUUG